AUGAUCUCGGCCAUCUUCUUCAUCAAUCUCAAAGGCGAGGUGCUCAUUAGCCGGCUCUAUCGCCAUGAUCUUAAACGCUCCAUAGCUGAUGCCUUUCGCAUUCAAGUCGUCAGCAAUGCAGACGUGCGCUCGCCCGUCAUGACUCUUGGCUCUACUACAUUUCUACACGUCAGGCACGAGAAUCUUUACCUCGUUGCAGUGACUCGCGUCAAUACAAAUGCUGCUCUAGUCUUUGAGUUCCUCAAUCGCCUCGUAACGCUGAGCAAAAGCUACUUUGGCAAGCUGGAUGAGGAUGCCGUCAAGAGCAAUUUUGUCUUGAUUUACGAGCUCCUGGAUGAGGUGGUCGACUUUGGCUACCCGCAGAAUAGUGAUACAGAUACCCUCAAGCUAUACAUAACGACAGAAGGUGUCAAGUCAGAAAAGGCUGCAAAGGACGAGUCGACCAAAAUCACAAUUCAAGCUACAGGAGCCACAUCUUGGCGUCGGCAGGACAUCAAGUAUAAGAAGAAUGAAGCUUUUAUUGACAUCAUCGAGUCUGUCAAUCUGCUCAUUAGCUCAACAGGCACGAUCCUGCGAGCGGACGUGCAGGGCAAUGUUCAAAUGCGCGCAUAUUUGACAGGGACGCCAGAAUGCAGCUUUGGGUUGAAUGACAAGCUAGUGUUGAGCGAGGGCGACGCGACAGGCAAUACGCACGGCAACAAGGCGCCAAAAGAGACGAAAGCGGCGGCUGGUUCCGUCACGCUCGAGGAUUGCCAGUUCCACCAAUGCGUCAAGCUUGGUCGCUUUGACACAGACCGCACGAUCAGCUUUGUUCCACCGGACGGUGGAUUUGAACUCAUGCGCUAUCGAUCGACAGAAAACAUCAACCUGCCCUUUCGCGUACAUCCCAUUGUCAAUGAACUUGGCAAGCUCAAGGUGGAGUACCAGAUUGCCGUGAAGGCCAAUUUUGCAGCCAACUUGUUUGCCACCAAUGUCGUGGUAUCAAUACCAACGCCACUCAACACAUCAAGCAUCACAUCACGGGCGUCACAAGGCAAGGCCAAGUAUGAUCCGUCAUCAAAUGUCAUUCAGUGGAAAAUACCUAAAUUUGCCGGUCAGUCGGAGUACGUAUUGAGUGCGGAAGCCGAUCUGACGCCGUUGACAACGCAGCGGAGCUGGUCUCGGCCGCCCAUCUCGAUGCAAUUUUCCCUCCUCAUGUUUACGAGCUCCGGGAUGCUCGUGCGUUACCUCAAAGUAUAUGAAAAGUCCAAUUACUCGAGCGUCAAGUGGGUCCGGUACCUGACCAAGAACGGUAGUUACGAGAUUCGCAUAUAG